AUGGUGGAACUUCCUUGGGAAUUGGAGGUAAAAAUACUCUCUCUGACUCCAACAAAGUCUCUCACUCGUUUCAGAUCCGUUUGCAAACGAUGGAACACUCUUUUCAACGACAAACCUUUUGUCAACAAUCAUUUGUCUCGUGCUCAUGCUCAUCCACAAUUCAUCGUGUUUGCCGAAUCAAAGAUUUUUCUGGUGGAUGUUAAUCUUGAUGGUCCAUCUAUAGAGGUGCAUAACUUACCCCCGUUUAUUCCUGGUUAUAGAGAUUUUUUGGUCACCACAGUCGGAUGUUGCGAUGGGUUAUUGAUGUUUUCUACCUUUAGCGGGACCGGUAUAUGCAACCCAUGGUUGAGACAGAUUAGAUGGAACAAAUCCACAGUAGAUCUUUCCAGUGGGAUAGGAUAUGACAAUAGUAGACCUGACAAACAAUACAAGAUCUUUCGUUCUUGGAAAUCUAGUGAUACAACUCUGCAUGCUAAUAUCAUCGGGUUUGAAUCUAAUGCAACGAAAUCUAAAAUGUACGAGUUUCCAAUGGAAUUAUAUGAUAGGUCCACAGUAUCCUUGAAUGGAACUUUGUAUUGGAUUGCCUAUAGUAUAAUGCCUCGUGAACAUUAUAUUCAAACGUUUGAUUUCUCUACAGAGAGAUUUGAAUUCUACUGUAACUUGCCUACAAAAAUAUACACUCGAGACGAUCCUAGAUCUCUUGAUGUCUAUAGGGGGGAUCGGUUUUCUUAUUUAGAGAAAUUACGUCAUUUAAGGAAUAUACAGAUUUGGGUGACCAAAAAAAAAAUUAAAAAUAAGGAAGGGGAGGCUGUGGAGUGGAUGAAGUUCAUGAAUGUGUCACUUCCUGAAUGGUCAAGUUUCGAAGUGUUUAGCACCGAUUCGCCUAGUUAUUUCAUCGAUGAUAAAAGUAUUAGUCUCGUGAUGUGUUGUUAUAACAAGAAACAAAAGGCUACCAUCUAUAUUGCGAAGGGGGAUAAGUUCAAUGAAAUUAAAAUAAAUGAUUUGGUUGAGGAGAAUCAUCCACUUCACCAUACCUAUUUUCCUAGUCUUGUCCAAGUUCCUAUGUUCACAAUGAGCGGUCAGGUGCCUGUUGAGUCCUGCUUCACACUCCCUAAAGGAGUAGAGGCGAGCAAUGGAGUUGGAGGAAACGAGUGGGACGAUGGCUUCUUCGACCGUGUAGUGAAAAUAUAUGUAGGACAAAGUGAUCUUGGUUGCGUCUUCGUUAAGUUUGACUACAUCAAAGAUAACACAACUGUAGCUGGAGCCGGUCACUGGAAUGCGAUAACCCUUAUUCCUGAGCCAGAGGACAGCAGGACCGGCCCUAGACCAAAUGAGGUUAUGAUCGCUUACGAUGACUACAUCGAAGCCAUCGAGGGGACCUACACUGAGAGUCAAAUCACAUCCAUCACGUUUCAGACACACAAGAAAAGAUUAUGGCCACUACAGUGUGGACUCUUUAACGGAAAGCCCUUCGUGCUUCAAGGACAAAAAGGCUCGAAGAUCAUUGGGUUUUAUGGAAGAAGCUCUGGUGACCAACUCACUGCUCUUGGCGUCCACCUCUCUUCCCCCAGCUAG